CUAGAAGUGCUGAAUGGCAGUCAAAAGAGCAGACGCACCAUCCACAUGGGAGCAGGAAACCACACGGGAGUAUCACAGUUCCUCCUCCUGGGCCUCUCGGACGAUCCUGAACUGCAGCCCCUCCUCUUUGGAGUGUUCCUGUCCAUGUACCUGGUCACUGUGCUCGGGAACCUUCUCAUCAUCCUGGCCGUCAUCUCAGACUCCCAGCUCCACACCCCCAUGUACUUCUUCCUCGCCAACCUCUCCUUUGUUGACAUCUGUUUCAUCUCCACCACUGUCCCAAAGAUGCUAGUCAACAUCCAGGCACAGAGCAAAGACAUCUCCUACAUAGGAUGCCUCACUCAGGUGUACUUGUUUAUGGUUUUCGCUGGAAUGGAUGAUUUCCUCCUGACUGUGAUGGCCUAUGACCGGUUUGUGGCCAUCUGCCACCCCUUGCACUACAUGGUCAUCAUGAACCCCCGCUUCUGUGGCCUCCUCGUUCUGAUGUGUUGGCUCAUUAUUUUCUGUGUUGCCCUGGUUCAUAUUCUACUGUUGAGGCGGCUGACCUUCUGUAUUGGCACUGAAAUUCCACAUUUCUUCUGUGAGCUGGCUCAGAUUCUCAAGGCAGCCUGCUCUGACACUCUCAUCAAUAACAUCUGUUUGUAUGUGGCCACUGCCCUGCUGUGUAUAUUUCCUCUCACUGGUAUCCUCUUUUCUUACUCUCAGAUUGUCUCCUCGUUAAUGAGAAUCUCCUCUGCAGUGGGAAAAUAUAAAGUAUUUUUCACCUGUGGGUCUCACCUCUCUGUGGUUUCACUGUUCUAUGGGACAAGCCUGGGGGUCUACCUCACUUCUACUCUGACCCAUUCUUCCCAGAGAAGCUCAGUUGUCUCAGUGAUGUACACUGUGGUCACCCCCAUGCUGAACCCCUUCAUCUACAGCCUGCGGAACAAGGAUGUGAAGGGGGCCCUGGGAAGGCUCCUCAGCCGAAGUGCCCCUUGUCCGUGA